UAAACUGUAACUGUUGGUUACCGUACAGAUAUUUCCAAACAUAUUUAGAAAAAAAUCCUUCAGACGGAAAAUUAAAUAAGAAAAUAUGUUUCCAACCAGCAUCAAAAGGUAACUGCAUAUUGAGAAAUAUUUUGGGAAAAUUAGAUCUGAGAUAGUAGCUAAUAAACUGGAACGCAGACCAAACAAUUAUUUUAGUUCCAGCACUUAAUCUGUGAUGAUGUGUUCCUAGAUAAGGUCAAGUUUAGGUACUUUGUACUAUUUUGCUUUGGCCAGCCUAAUUUUUAUCCGCUAAAGAGGACGCGGGAGCAGCUCCUACGUUUGUCACGAAGUUUUUAGCCUGUCGGAGACCCAAUAAAACAUAUAUGUAAAUAAAUCAUGCGAAUAACAAGCUGUGUUCUUUUAGUUAUAUUCGUCUGUUUAUCCGUCUUAUCUGCCUUAAUGUAAAAAUUCGACCUAUUCCUUCAGUUUUUGAGAAAUCGAUCUGAAAAUUUGCACACCUUUUUUUCUCCCUAAGAAGCUGCUCUACGUCAAAACCGAAGUCGUUGCCUGGGAUUCUUUUUUAUGUGACGAUGUAUUUUCUCGAAAUUUGGCACUGAUUAUUACCAAUACUACUCGAAGGAAUUGUUGAAAUCGACCUAAUAAAAUCAAUUUCUUGUAUAAACAUUUUUUUAUAUAUGGAGGGUAUUCUGGCUUCGGUGCAGCCGAUGUAAAAGUUUAGUUUGUUUUAAUUUAUUUUUCACAUUCUUUUGGAAUAUUCCAGACUAUGAAAAGGCGUACAGACCUGCUAACAGCCCAACUUGUUUGGUCAUUAAGAUUUUCUUUAACUACAGUGUGAAGAAGUGUAAACUAAAACAGACAUGUAUGUUUUUGUUAUUGCAGGAUAAUUUUUUGUACUUGCCUUUGUUCGGUUUUUCUGUUUCUGUUUAUGUUUUAUAUUUAAGUUUUCAGGAGAUGAGAGAAACGCUAAAAUCACUGUUUCUUCACUUUGUUUCAUUCUCUAGCCGUUCCAUUGUCCGAUCUCAUGGCCAGGGUUCCGCCAUGGUUAAUUACAACCAAAACUGAUAAUGAAAAGAAAACUUUUGAAUUACAGAUUUUGUUAAAAAGUUGUAAUAGGAUUUCGAAAUAUAGUCUCUUCCGUUUUAAAGAAGAGCUGAAAUAUUUGUUAGGUAAUGUUAAGUUCACUUUAAGCCUCAAAGGAACUAAUUUCCAGUAUAUUUUCACUAAUUGUGAUAGCACGGCAACUCUAAUUGCAUUAAAAACAUAUGUUUUUCACAGCGUUUGCUUAAAGUUUUAUUCUGUUCAUUUCAUCCAGUAUAUAUUUAUAAAAUGUGGUGUUGCCUCAACAGCAAAUUCAGAAUGGAUCUCGCAGUACUUCUUUCUUGUAAAUGUUUUUGGUCAAAGAGUGAUAUCUCCCAGAUUGGUUGAAAAUGUUUUCAAUUUUGAGAUGCUGAAUUCAAUAUUCACCAGUUUUUUAUUCUUUUUCGGUCCUUAGUAUUUUUUUUUUCAUAGUUUCUAAGCGAAAAAGCUACCAUAAAAUUAAAUGUGUAAAAAAAUGGUAAAUUUUCCGGCUCAUCAUCAUAACAUUCUCAACCAUUGACCCUGAAUCAUCCGCACUUUAAACACGCUGCAAUUAUGAACACCGCGACCAGUACGAAUAAUACUGAAUUAGAAAACAAAUUCAUUGAAUCAACAGAAAUAGCACUUGAUUUGACUUUAGCUUUUUUGGAUGAGGCACCAGCGAGAGCACCCAUUGAAAAAGAACUGCCAACAAAAAGCCAAAGAGAUUGCCAAACCGAAUUCAAUUUGAUGGCAAAAAAAUUUCCCGACGAUAAUAUAAUAGUUCAUGAAGAAGCACAGUCAAGUUUAGUAAAACCAUCCAUGGUGCAGAUACCACAGUAUUCGCUACGAGACUCUGCAUUAGGCGAAAAUAACAGCAUUGAUGAGAUUAUGCGAUCUAUGGCUCUUGAACCGAUCUUCGAAGAUGUCUCAGCAGUUAUACACGGGGAGCCAAUUGACGAAUUGGGCAUAUUGAAUACCUCAAAUUUAAAAGAAAAGGUCCACACCUCGUUAGUACAGAAAGCACUUAAUAAGGUGCAGGAACGGAAUAAGGAAAACCAACUUUCCAAUAUUGUGAAUGUGAAUGAAGUUUUCUCUACAAAUGACGGGUUGUCUGAUUUUGCACUAGGACCGAAUGGAAAAAUUAGGUGGAAGGGCAUAUUAAGUGCCACGCGAUCACUUUUGGAUGUAAUGUUCGAUCGCGAAACACUUGCCACACAUACUCUGAGUGCUCAUUCGUUAGGAAGUUUGCAGGAUCGCAUUUGUCCUCUUAAAGGUCAAUUCCUUAAAGUUAAAGUUAAAGAUUUAAUAUACAUUUUGAAACAGAAAUUUGAUUGUUCCGAAGGUAGAAUCCGUAAAAUAAUAAGUCAAAAUUGUGGGGUUAUGAAUUAUUUAUUGAGUAAAUUGUUUUAGCACCCCAAUUGUAUAUAUGUUAUGUUACGCGUGAAUGUUAUUUGUAGUUCCGAAAAUUUAAAAAUAUAUGUGACUCGUAUAAAUAUUUGAAAAGCUUUUCUUUCUUACUAUCUUAUUCCUUAUGCAGGAGUAUUACCAUUUCUGCAUUCAAAGUUAUACUCUCUCUUAUAUUAAGCCAAUAGAUCUUACUAUAUACCUUAUCAAUCUCUAAAAACCGAAAUAAUUACUAAACUUAUUUCUUGCAUCACCGCUACUUCAAGUGUUGGUUCGAAAAUUUACAAAGACAUCUGGUUUUCGAAAAGAAGUAAUAUUUAAAGUUAUGACCAAGAAUUUAACUUUAUUAUAACGAUAAGUGUUUGCCUUCAUGUUUUCAAAUUAGCGAUUAUUGGUCACCUUUUACAGCGAUCGGGCCGUAUAUCAGAAACAUUUCGUCGAAUAUUCUCUUCCAAAGAGCACAGCGCCUCGUCCUUAUCAUCUUAGACAAUCGACUUCACAUAAUCCCACAAAAAAUAGGUGAGCGAUGUUAAUGGCACACUUUUGGAGACCA